AUGGUGCUUCGAAAGAAAGAAGUGUACACGAUUAUCACGCCAAUCCCCGGCUUUAUACCCCGCCAACUGGCCAUCGACAUCCUGCAUAGCCAUGGCGAGGUCAUAAACCUCAAUCCUCUCGUCCUCGACCACAAGCUGAUCAAAGCACCUCGCGAUGCCGCCACCGACGAGUACUACUCUACCUGGUAUGAGAUCACCGAGCGCGUGCAAUUGGUGCCAGGAAUGGGCAAGUUCGGGUCCAGCAAAAUCUCGUUCAACGCCUGCUUCCACGACCUACCGUGGGGCCUCCAGACCCAUGUCUACGCUCCCUUGAAUAUCGAUAUGCGGAACAAGUAUCGCAUCGGCGGGAACCAACCAGGUGUCGAACCUCCAGAGCCGGCUGAGAUCGGGAUGGCAGAGCUAGGGGUCCCGAGGGACGGGCUAUACUUGAGGGAGGACAUUGAAAUUCGAUGCAACAUCGCUAUGGUAAGCACAGUGAAGGCGCAAAUGAAAGCGGCCAGUAAGGAGAUGGUGGGGCGUAUCAUCAAGAAAGCCGAGUUGUUGGAUGCUGGCGUAUUGGAAGCCAUGAUAGAAAACGGGAGAAUGAAGACGUACAAACCUCAGAAUCGGAACUACACAGGCGGGUUAGAGGAGUCGAGAUCACCGCAGCUCUCGCCCUCAUUACCCUAUGGUCCAAACUCGCCACAGUCGCCGACCAUUCCAUACCAGAUCCCACGACCAGUCUCUACGCAAUACCAGCCGCGCAGUCGCCCUGGAACCUCUGGGUCUAACGGGUAUGCGCCGUCCUGGCAAAUGCAGCAGCAGCAAAUGAUGAUAGACGAAAACAAGCCACCGCAUCUGCAUGCAGGACUACCCCACAGCCAGAACUUUGCGCCAGGAAGCCAGGCCUUCCCGAUGGAACUGCCUGGUGACUUCUACCAUCCUCAGUCCUCUCCGCAGCUAUCCCCUAGCAACCCGGCCAUGGGGCGCAACUCUCCUAACUUGAACCCUCCGUACUCGCCCGACCCAACUGGGCAGAGGUGGUCGCACCAGCCGAACCAGUCGGCGAAAGCUUCGCGACCUACUUCGUAUGCCUCCGACCCUGGCAUCAUGAACCGUGGCUCUCCCGGACCCGAACGCAAUGCCUUCGCCGCCGAGCUGGCGACACACCGCGAGACACCCGAGGAACACAGUACCGACAAAUUCGGGAGCCGGACAAACGGGUACCGUGCAUUCAGUUACAACUACAACCCCGCAGACUACUCCCGACCGAAUCGCUAG